AAACUGGAGGCAGCGGAGCCCGCGAGCAAGCAGCGUCGGGCGGCCCCGGCCCGGCCCCGCCCCCGGCCCGCCAGCCCAGCCCGCGCCCGGCCGCCGUGCUCCGGAGCUCAGCGCCAGCCCUCGCCCUCUCGCCGAGCCUCCGCCUGCCCGCCCCCGCCGGCCGAGGCUGGGCUGCGGGAGGCGGCCAGGCGGCCCCGAGCCUCGCCAGGGCGACCCAAACAAAGGCAGCAUCCGGGCUCGGCGGGAGGCAGAGCAUCAUGAGAGACUGGGUCCUCGCUGUCCCCGGCUCCGCUGCUGCUGCCGCUGCCGCCGCCGCUGCCGCCGCCGGGAGGGCUUCGCUGUGAGCGUGGAAAGCAGGGGCGCAGCUGCGGGGCGUGAAUCCGAAAGGUGAGAGCCAGAGCCAGCGAGCCGAGGGGGCGGGCAGGCCACGAAAAAUGUCCUCGGCCGUGGGGCCCCGAGGUCCUCGCCCACCCACGGUGCCUCCCCCUAUGCAAGAACUGCCCGACCUGAGCCACCUGACCGAGGAGGAGAGGAACAUUAUCAUGGCAGUGAUGGACCGGCAGAAGGAAGAGGAGGAAAAAGAAGAGGCCAUGCUCAAGUGUGUUGUCAGGGACAUGGCGAAGCCUGCUGCCUGCAAAACACCAAGAAAUGCUGAAAGCCAGCCCCAUCAACCACCACUGAACAUUUUCAGAUGUGUCUGUGUUCCCAGAAAGCCAAGCAGCGAAGAGGGAGGCCCAGACAGAAACUGGAGAUUGCAUCAACAGUUUGAAAGCUACAAGGAACAAGUGAGAAAAAUCGGAGAGGAAGCCAGGCGUUACCAGGGCGAGCACAAAGAUGAUGCCCCGACGUGUGGAAUCUGUCAUAAGACAAAGUUUGCUGAUGGAUGUGGCCAUCUCUGCUCCUAUUGUCGCACCAAGUUCUGUGCACGCUGUGGAGGCCGAGUGUCUCUGCGAUCGAACAAUGAGGACAAAGUGGUUAUGUGGGUAUGCAAUUUAUGUCGAAAGCAACAAGAGAUAUUAACGAAAUCUGGAGCGUGGUUCUUCGGAAGUGGUCCUCAGCAGCCCAGUCAAGAUGGGACUCUGAGUGACACGGCUACAGGUGCUGGAUCUGAGGUGCCAAGAGAAAAGAAAGCUCGGCUCCAAGAGCGAUCAAGGUCUCAGACGCCCUUGAGUACAGCAGCUGUCUCUUCCCAAGACACUGCUUCCCAUGGUGCACCACUGGACAGGAACAAAGGGGCGGAGCCCUCACAGCAAGCCUUGGGUCCUGAACAGAAGCAGGCAUCAAGGUCAAGAAGUGAGCCACCAAGGGAAAGGAAGAAGGCUCCAGGGCUUUCAGAGCAGAAUGGCAAGGGAGGCCAGAAGAGUGAGCGCAAACGUGUCCCCAAGUCUGUGGUGCAACCCGGGGAAGGGACCGCGGAUGAACGGGAGAGGAAGGAGAGGCGGGAAACCCGCAGGCUGGAGAAAGGGCGCUCUCAGGACUACCCGGACCGGCUCGAGAAACGCGAGGAUGGCAGGGUGGCUGAAGACGAAAAGCAGAGGAAGGAGGAGGAGUAUCAGACUAGGUACCGCAGCGACCCGAACCUGGCUCGCUACCCGGUGAAGGCGCCGCUGGAGGAACAGCAGAUGCGCAUGCACGCCCGGGUGUCCCGAGCGAGGCACGAGCGGCGCCACAGCGACGUGGCGCUCCCGCACACCGAGGCUGCCGCCGCUGUGUCAGCCGAGACCACGGCGGGCAAGCGCGCGCAGACCACCGCCAGGGUCUCUCCCCCGGAGUCCCCGCGCGCACGCGCGCCCGCUGCCCAGCCUCCCGCGGAGCACGGGCCGCCGCCGCCGCGGCCAGCCCCGGGUCCGGCAGAGCCGCCCGAACCGCGCGUCCCCGAGCCGCUCCGUAAGCAGGGCCGCCUGGACCCCGGCUCGGCUGUGCUCCUGCGCAAGGCCAAGCGCGAGAAAGCGGAAAGCAUGCUGCGGAACGACUCGCUGAGCUCCGAUCAGUCCGAGUCGGUGCGGCCAUCCCCGCCCAAGCCACACCGGCCCAAGCGGGGAGGCAAGAGGCGUCAGAUGUCGGUGAGCAGCUCCGAGGAGGAGGGCGUGUCCACGCCGGAGUACACGAGCUGCGAGGACGUGGAGCUGGAGAGCGAGAGCGUGAGCGAGAAAGGUGACUUGGACUACUGGUUGGAUCCUGCCACGUGGCAUAGCAGGGAAACGUCGCCUAUUAGUUCGCAUCCUGUAACGUGGCAGCCAUCUAAAGAGGGGGACCGAUUAAUCGGCCGUGUUAUUCUUAACAAAAGAACAACCAUGCCCAAAGAAUCAGGUGCAUUAUUGGGUCUCAAGGUGGUUGGAGGAAAAAUGACGGACUUAGGGCGUCUUGGUGCUUUCAUCACCAAAGUAAAGAAGGGUAGCCUGGCAGAUGUUGUCGGACACCUAAGAGCAGGGGAUGAAGUUCUAGAGUGGAAUGGUAAACCCCUGCCGGGAGCAACAAACGAAGAAGUUUACAACAUUAUUUUAGAAUCAAAAUCAGAACCUCAAGUUGAAAUUAUUGUUUCAAGGCCUAUUGGUGACAUCCCCAGGAUCCCUGAGAGUUCCCACCCUCCCCUGGAGUCCAGUUCAAGUUCCUUUGAAUCUCAGAAGAUGGAAAGGCCUUCCAUUUCUGUUAUUUCUCCAACCAGCCCUGGAGCUCUGAAAGAUGCCCCACAAGUCUUACCAGGGCAACUCUCAGUGAAGCUGUGGUAUGAUAAGGUGGGGCACCAGCUGAUUGUAAAUGUUCUACAAGCAACAGAUCUACCCCCUAGAGUAGAUGGGCGUCCCAGAAAUCCCUAUGUAAAAAUGUAUUUUCUUCCAGAUAGAAGCGACAAGAGUAAAAGAAGAACCAAAACGGUAAAGAAACUUCUAGAGCCAAAAUGGAAUCAAACAUUUGUCUACUCACACGUACAUCGUCGAGAUUUUCGAGAGCGAAUGUUAGAAAUUACUGUGUGGGACCAGCCAAGAGUACAGGACGAGGAGAGUGAAUUUCUAGGAGAGAUCCUCAUAGAAUUGGAAACAGCACUUUUAGAUGAUGAGCCCCAUUGGUAUAAACUGCAGACACAUGAUGAAUCUUCACUACCUCUGCCUCAGCCAUCACCGUUCAUGCCCAGGCGGCAUAUCCACGGAGAAAGCUCCAGCAAAAAGCUACAAAGAUCUCAGCGAAUCAGUGAUAGUGACAUCUCAGAUUAUGAGGUUGAUGAUGGUAUUGGCGUAGUGCCUCCAGUGGGUUAUAGAGCUAGUGCUAGAGAGAGUAAAGCCACCACGUUAACAGUGCCAGAGCAGCAAAGAACCACACAUCACCGCUCACGUUCCGUGUCUCCUCAUCGCGGCGAUGAUCAGGGAAGGCCUCGUUCACGUUUACCAAAUGUGCCAUUACAGAGGAGCUUAGAUGAAAUCCAUCCAACACGAAGGUCACGUUCUCCAACCCGACACCAUGAUGCCUCCCGAAGCCUGGCCGAUCACAGAUCACGACAUGCGGAAAGUCAGUAUUCAUCAGAGCCAGACAGUGAGCUUCUCAUGCUGCCCAGAGCAAAACGAGGACGAAGUGCAGAAUGCCUACACAUGACCAGUGAACUGCAGCCCUCUCUUGACAGGGCUAGGAGUGCUAGUACCAACUGCUUGAGACCAGAUACUAGUUUGCAUUCACCAGAACGAGAAAGGGGUAGAUGGUCCCCCUCCCUAGCUAGGAGGCGACCUGCUAGCCCCAGGAUUCAAAUCCAGCAUGCGUCUCCGGAGAAUGACAGGCACUCCAGAAAGUCUGAAAGAUCUAGCAUCCAAAAACAGUCUAGGAAAGGCACAGCCUCUGAUGCAGACAGGGUUCUCCCACCAUGCCUUUCUAGAAGGGGAUACGCAAUCCCAAGAGCAACCGAUCAACCGGUCAUUAGGGGAAAGCAUACCACUCGCUCCCGGUCGAGCGAGCACUCUAGUAUCAGAACCCUGUGUUCUAUGCACCACCUUGCCCCCGGAGGGUCAGCGCCGCCUUCUCCGCUUCUGACAAGAACGCACCGACAAGGAAGCCCCACCCAGUCACCUCCAGCUGACACAUCCUUUGGCAGUCGCCGCGGAAGACAGCUCCCACAGGUGCCGGUCCGAAGCGGCAGUAUAGAACAAGCGAGCUUAGUAGUGGAGGAACGAACGAGACAGAUGAAAAUGAAGGUACACCGAUUUAAGCAGACAACAGGGUCUGGGUCUAGUCAAGAACUUGACCACGAGCAAUACUCCAAGUACAACAUACAUAAAGAUCAGUACAGAAGCUGUGAUAACGCGUCCGCCAAGUCAUCAGAUAGUGAUGUCAGUGAUGUGUCCGCCAUUUCCAGAGCCAGCAGCACCUCACGCCUCAGCAGCACAAGCUUUAUGUCAGAGCAGUCUGAGCGCCCCAGGGGCAGGAUCAGUUCAUUUACCCCCAAAAUGCAAGGCAGACGGAUGGGGACUUCAGGAAGAGCCAUCAUCAAGAGCACCAGUGUAAGUGGAGAGAUAUAUACACUGGAGCACAAUGACGGCAGCCAGUCCGACACGGCCGUGGGUACCGUUGGAGCUGGUGGAAAGAAGCGGAGGUCCAGCCUGAGUGCCAAAGUGGUAGCCAUUGUGUCUCGAAGAAGCAGAAGCACAUCACAGCUCAGCCAGACAGAGUCCGGCCACAAGAAGUUAAAAAGCACCAUUCAGAGGAGUACGGAAACGGGAAUGGCGGCUGAAAUGCGGAAGAUGGUGAGACAGCCCAGCCGGGAGUCCACGGAUGGCAGCAUCAACAGUUAUAGCUCAGAAGGAAACUUAAUAUUUCCUGGAGUUCGCGUGGGACCUGACAGUCAGUUCAGUGAUUUCCUUGAUGGAUUGGGGCCAGCCCAGCUUGUCGGCCGCCAAACCCUCGCCACCCCAGCCAUGGGCGAUAUCCAAAUCGGGAUGGAGGAUAAGAAGGGUCAGUUGGAGGUUGAGGUUAUCAGAGCCCGGAGCCUUACACAAAAACCUGGCUCCAAAUCUACACCUGCUCCCUAUGUGAAAGUUUAUCUUUUGGAAAAUGGAGCCUGUAUUGCCAAAAAGAAGACAAGAAUUGCACGGAAAACUCUCGAUCCCUUGUAUCAGCAGUCCCUGGUUUUUGAUGAAAGUCCACAGGGUAAAGUUCUUCAGGUGAUUGUCUGGGGUGACUAUGGAAGAAUGGACCACAAAUGCUUUAUGGGUGUGGCUCAAAUCUUGUUGGAAGAACUUGAUCUGUCCAGCAUGGUGAUUGGAUGGUAUAAAUUGUUCCCUCCAUCCUCCCUGGUGGAUCCCACACUCACUCCCCUGACCCGCCGGGCUUCCCAAUCAUCACUGGAAAGUUCGUCUGGGCCUCCCUGCAUCCGGUCAUAGUAAACUCCUAACCUUCCAGCCAAACUCUACAUUUCAGGAUAAUUAUCAGAACCAGAUAUUUCAUGAUCAAGAGCAUUGUUGGAGACAGACAAUCAACUUGUGUUUUGCCUGUAGUAGUUGUUCGAUAAUUGUGUCCCAAUUGUUGUUUAAAACAUGGCUUCGUAUGACAGAACAAGGCAGUCAAUCACAUUGCAGUAAGAAUCGACAUGCUAGUGAGAGCCACUGACACUUCUUGCAAAUAGGAAAGAGAGAGAGAGAGAGAGAGAGAGAGGGAGAGAGAGAGAGAGAGAGAGAGGGGAAGGAAACCUCAAGUUCACACACACACCAAACUGAACAAACUGGAAAGUCUCACUCUGUGAAAAGGUGUACUUCACACAUUUCUGCACAGACCACAAGCAGUGUUGUUUCCCUGGUGUUUGAGAUUCUUUAGUUCUUCUGAGUGCUUUCCUUGUUUGAGCGUUGUUUGCUGGUUUUUUUCCCCAUUGUCUCUCUUUCUCUGUCUUCACUAUAUUUGUUCUUUCCACUAGUUUGUUUGUUUUGUUUUGUUUUGUUUUUCAUUUUUUUGUCUUUGUCUUUCUUUGCUUCGUCAUAACAGAGUUAUGGUGUUCACAGAGACCCUUCCUUUCUUUUUUCCAAAAGCACCAAAAAAGGGCUGAAGCCGUCUCUGUAGCAUUUUCCCCAAAGUUUUCAAAAGCUGGGCAAGGUAAAGCCAGGGAAGGGUAUCAGCGGCAGCCAGUUUACAGUUCUUCCAAGUCUUGUAUGUGGAAUUUACACACACACACACACACACACACAGACAGUAAAAAUCAUCACCCAAACUAGUAGUUGCAGAAUCACUUCUCAGUGAAGAGCGUAUCUGUUCCCAUUCCAGAUAAUUCAUUGCUAUUUUCCAUUGUUUGGCACAGAAGACUUUGAAGGACCUAGAACUGAUGCUGGGGAUGAAGGCUAACCACAUAGUAGUGCUUUGGAAACCCUUUCCGAAAUGCCUUUUUACUUCCUGAUAACAAAAGAAAAAAAAAUGUUCAUGUGUAGAAACCAUGCUCUCAACUCCCCAAAAUGGUGACUAAGAAUGGAUUUGAGCCUAAGACACUUUCAGCUAUGCCCAGGCUUCUCAGCCAUGCCCCAGAGUAGACUUGUCUGCCCUGGAAAGAGCAUAGUAUGAGCUGUUUAAUAUUGCACUGGAAAUUCCAGUUCAUAAACUCUGCACUAAAUUAAUGUUUUUAUUGGAUUUCAGUUUACAUUUCUUUAAGGUCAAUGCAAGCACAAAGCUUGAUUUUUUUAAAUGCACAAUAUCUUACUUUGGGGGAAGAAAAAGAAUACAGCCAAAUACCAAUUUGCAUAUUCUUCAUAAUUUCCCUUGUGACCUGUGUAUGUGCUGCAGGCGCCUGCUUGGUCCUGCAGCUGCAUCAAUAUGCACCCCCUCUCCUUUUAUGAGUCGUUCAACUUUUUGUGAUUUCACAGUUAGAGCAGCAUGACCUGGAGCUGUUCAAAGCUGCAUGCAUUUUGUAUAAAAAAAUAUGAAAAAGAAAGAAAAAAAGCAAAGAGACAAAAGGUUAUUUAAUAAUGUAUGUUAGCUCCAUAUAGGCUGGCUUGUAUGUUGCAUGUACUUGUACAGUUUGCUUGUUAAUUACUAUAUUGAAAUAACCAAGAAAUCUAAGCCAUCCAUUUUUGUUAUAGACAUUUUGCAGGUUUUAGCCAGACUCAGUAUGUGGGUCUGGUGUGAAAUGUCUAUAGAUGGACUUUAUUUUUUACCCUCUGGAAAACAUGAUGUAGUAUGGACCAAAAUUCCUUCUAAUAAAUAUUUUGGUGUCGAUUCCUCCUGUGGGGCUGUGACACAUGUAGACACUGUGUAAACACUAGGUUUUAAUCCAUAGACAUACUGCCUGCACCAAGUGAAUCAUUUAUUAUUAUUUACACAUGUCAGAAUUCCCUGUCCAUUAUCCCACGGGGCACAGAUUGACCACCACCCACCAUGCUGUGCAGGAAGAACUGAAGCACUUGGUGCACUUCUACUAGAUUCCGUUCUGUCUUAGUGGCCAACAAUCAACCGAUUAAAAUUGGGUAGUAAUAUCUUUCUAUCUUGACCACUUGUCUUAACAACCCCUUGUGCUUUUAAGUGGACUUCCCACUCAUGUAUGUAAACAUGUUUAAUAAAACUUACUUUUCAUGUCAGUUGGUAGCCAUCUGCGUUCUAUGUUUUGCCAGCUUUCCAUUGUGGGUUCUUUGGUGCAGAAGGAGAACCAGGUGUUGGGAUAGGGAGGCUUGGGUUCGCUGUCUGCUGUGGGCAUCUGAUUGACCUGUCACUGCACUAUAUAUGUCUUAACAGACAACCUGAAGGGUACUUUGCAUUACAUAUGAGUAUUCACUUUGUCAGCCUGUCUUAAGUGAGCACAUGUCUAUACUUCUGAAAAGUGGUUUAUUAAAGACAAUAAAUCUCAGUAAGAAUCAAA